AUGCCAAAUAGAAUAGAUGUAGUACUUAAACGUCGAGAUUUACUUAUACAACGUAUGCAACGUUUAAAAAUAUCUGAAGAAUCUUAUUUGAAAUAUGUUAAAACUAUUAAUGAUGCAUUUCAAAUUAUAAAACGAACUAUUGAACCUUAUUAUUACGGAGAUAAUUCAUGUGGUAAAGAAAAAUUUGCUUAUAUUAGUUUAUUUGAUGGUUAUAAUGGAAAAGCGGCUAGUACAUUAUGUCGAGAACAUCUUCAUCAAACUAUUCUAAUGGAAAUGUCUAAAUUAAUAAAUGAUAUGAAUAGUUCCGAAGCUGAACAAGCUCUCAUCAAUCGUCUUUAUACACGUACGGUUGAUCCAAACAAUGAAUAUUGUAAUAUAAAAAAUAUUGGUGAUGUAUAUCGUUUGGCUUAUUUAAAAAUGGAUUUUACCACAAUUAGCUACAUGAAUAUGACCAAGAACAGGAUGACCUUGAUGCUUAUUUUAACACCACCUGUUUUUAGUCAACGAGUUAAACGAAGUGCUCAAUUAGUACGACAAAAAUUAGGUACUGGCUUUAAACAUGCAAUGUCAAAAAUCAUACAUAAUCCAGAAGAACAAGCAGCUAUUUAUUCAUUUAUUGCUCGAAUUGAUGAUCGAGAAAUUGUUGCACAAUUAAAAGAAAAAAAAGAAGCACAAAAAGAAUACAGUGAUGCUCUUCAACAAGGACAUGGAGCAUAUUUACUCGAACAAGAUGAAAAAUCUCAAGAUAAUUUUAUUAUCAAUGUUGGUUCAUUACCAGCAGGUAAAGAAUGUCAUAUUUCUAUUUCGUAUGUCUCCGAACUUGAUUUAAUUCAACAUGGAAAACGAAUUCGUUUUGUUAUUCCAACAACGAUUGCACCUCGGUAUAAUCCCGGCAAAGGAGGCAUUAGUUCACCAGCUGGUACCACAUCGAAAUAUGUUCAAGCAGCUCCAUAUACAGUUGAAUUUAACUGUCGCGUUGAGAAAGUCAAUGUCUCUCGAGUCAGUUCGGCGUCUCAUCCGAUUCAGGUCGGAUUUGGUCAAGAGGAUGUCUAUGUUCUCGAACUAGCACAACAAAACACUCAUUUAGAUCGAGAUAUUUUGGUAGAUAUUGAAUUAAUUGAUAAUCAUUCGAAUACCAUUGUCACGGUAGAACCAGGUGCUGUUAUGGCUUCAUUUACACCAACUGAACAAGAUUGUCAACGCCCAAUGAACAAUGAAGAGACAACCAAUGAAUUUAUUUUUGUUGUUGAUUGUAGUGGAUCGAUGGAAGAUGAAAACAAAAUCGGAUUAGCACGUCAAGCUAUGUUGCUCUUUCUCAAGAGUCUUCCACUCGAUUGUCAUUUUAAUAUCAUUCGAUUCGGAUCAAAUCAUAAAGCAUUAUUCAAUGAGAUUACUGCUAUUUACAAUGAAGAAACUGCCAGAAAGGCUGAACAACUUAUCAAUGAACUUAGAGCCGAUUUGGGUGGUACUGAAUUGUUACGUCCACUUCAAUGGUUAGAAGAACAUUCUCCAAGUCAAGGUCGUGCAAGACAAAUAUUUUUAUUGACCGAUGGAGAAAUUUCGAAUGUUAACGAAGUACUCGAUUUGUGUCGAUCGAUGGCUAAUUCUACACGAAUUUUUUCAUUUGGUUUGGGUCAUUCACCAAGUCGUUCAUUAGUUAAAGGUCUUGCUCGAGCCACAAAUGGACGUUUCGUUUUUAUUCCACCUAACAGUAGUGUUGAUGUUCAUGUUGGUGAACAACUACAAAAAGCAUUACAAUCUUGUAUAACAAACAUUGAAGUAAAAUGGAAUCUAGGUAUCAACAUUAUGAGUGCACCUAAUAAAAUGCCACCAGCUUAUGCUAAUGAUCGUUUGAUUGCUUAUGCAAUUGCUAAUGAUCCAAUGUUUGUCUUCAAUCAUAAUUCUAGUGUCGAAUUACACACUGAUAAAUGCCGAUUAGGUGAAGCUAAAAUUGAUUCUAUACCAAAGGUUAGUGUCAAUGGGACAAUUGCUCGACUCGCUGCUAAAGCACUCAUUCUCGAAUUACAACAUUCGAAAUUACCCUCAUCGACUAAGCAAAAGGUUACUGGUUCGCUACAAAGUCGAUUUCAGAAAGAUCAUGCAUUGAUAACAUCACCAACGACGAUGAUCGACGAGAAAGACAACGUCAAGAAACGAAUAAUUGAACUUUCACUUAAAUAUCACAUUUUGAGUCCACAUACUGCUUUUAUUGGUGUUGAAAAGCGAACGAAUGGCAACAAUGAUGAUAUGAUCUUGCGAGAAGUACCAAUUCAAAUAUCAGCUGAUGAUGAACAUUUACUGUCAACACCCCAGUUUAGGAAUUAUUCUUCCUGUAUGAUGCUUCCUCUUGCUGCACCGAUGGCAUGCUUUGCAAUGCCGAUGGCUCGAAUGAAUCUACGCAUGCCAGCGAUGAAUGCUAAUGACGAUGAUUAUUGUUCGGUACGUAAUCAAAAUCAGACCGUAUGCGAAAUGUUGGAUGAAUUAUCAAGUGAUGCCGACAUAAACGAGCUCGACGAAUGCAUGUCGACCAAUAUCCCUUACAGUUCUGCUACGGCCAGUUCACAAUUGUCACCUGUGAAAAAAUCACCAAAAGAUGACAAAUGGCCUAUAGGCGAUGAAAACAUUGUUCGUUAUUUGAUUAACAAACAAAAAUUUGAUGGUUUAUGGGAUUUGGAUGCUAAAAAUAUAGAACAAUUGACUGGAAAGACACUAACAAGCUUUCCAUCAUUUAACAAUCAACAACUUGUAGUGUCGGCUAUUGUUAUUGUCGUUCUAGAAACACGUUUUGUCUCAAUGUCAAAUAUGUGGCACGGCGUAGUACAAAAAGCUCGUAAACGUCUUCUUGAUUUACUUGGAAAAGAUGCUAAACAAUUUGAAUCAAUACUCGAAAGUAUUCGUCAAGAACUUUGA